AUGAAACACCUCCCACCUCCAGAAACUCCAUUGAUAUGCAUGAAGCUAUAUACACACACAAUCGACGAACCGUCUUCCCCUAAGGUCACGUGCAUCGGCCAAGUCCGAGUCAGUCGCUCAAACAACAAGCAACCAACCACCACCACAACCACAACCACCGCCUUCCGCAGUUGUCGAUGGCUUCAGAAACUCAAAUCCGGGUGGUUCCAACGCUUUUGGAGAACAAACUUAUCGUUUUUUCGAUGUGACUGUUGCAAAAAAUCUGAGAACUUACCGGAAUCAAAACGGAUUGAAGUGAAUCAGGCAAUUGAGUACCGGACACGCGAAAUUGAAGAUGUAAUCGGACCUGAUAAUGUAAAUUUGAUUCCAGAAUCGCCGCCGAGAAAUGCAUUUUUGUUGACGAGAUCCAGCUCUGCUCCCUACAGAUCUUCAUCUUUGGCAUACAAAUUUUGGGAAUCAAUAACGGAGAAAACAGCGGUGGAUACUGAAGAUGAUGAAACGGGGGAGAAAGUGAAAGAAGGUGAAGGUAUUAAUGGAAAGAAUGAAGAUGAAAGUUUCUUUAAUGCAGGUGAAGAAUUUAAAGCGGAGCCACUGAAUUUGAGCAGGUGUAAAUCUGAACCAGCCCGAAUUGGGGAUAAGUUUUUUACGAGUUUCAGUUCAUAA